UGUUUUGAAUUUUUUGUUUUGAAGAUCGAAUUCGUUUUGAGUCAGUUGAUGUUCUGUAUUGAAAUUUAGUUUUACGGAUCAGGUUUGGUGAAUCUUUUACUUCUAGGGUGUAUUUGUUUGAAGGAUUUUGGUGAUUUCCACUAUUCAUCCAAUUUUUUUCCCCAAAAAACGUUAAAUCAAACACCUAUUUUUCAUUUUUUAUAUUAUACUAAAAAUCAAUUUUACAUUUAAAACAUCACAUCAAACCCUAUUUAUAUCACAUCAUACAACUAUUCAAAUUCAAAAUUUUUACUAUUCAAAUCCCAACUCAAAAUCCAAACGUUAUCGUUUCUCGAAGUGUCGUUGGGGGUUCAGAUCUGCGAUGGCAACUCUGGGGGCUUGAUGUUUGAUUGGACAUUGGAUAGGUAAAGAAAUGUGGGACUCAUUGUUGUGGUCUUUGGUGUGUGGUUGUGGUGGACAGGGAGACUGUGGCAGCUGUGGUGUUGGUGAUGUUUGGCAUGUGGGUAUUGGUUGGUUGAGAUAGUAUUGAGAAUGAGCUUAGACAACAGAGGUCAGAGCAGAAGCAGGAGCCCAAUGGAUCGUAAGAUACGUACUCAGCGAUUUUCUUAUCGUGAUGCCCCAUAUAGGAGGGAUUCAAGACGGGAUUUCAGUCCAAACAAUUUGUGCAAAAAUUGCAAAAGGCCAGGUCAUUUUGCGAGAGAAUGUCCGAAUGUGGCAAUAUGUCACAAUUGUGGUCUUCCUGGGCAUAUUGCUUCCGAAUGCACAACAAAAUCCCUUUGCUGGAACUGUCGAGAGCCAGGCCACAUGGCUGGAAGCUGUCCAAACGAAGGCAUCUGCCACACUUGCGGAAAAGCAGGACACCGUGCCCGGGACUGCAUGGCUCCUCAGUUGCCUCCAGGUGAUUUAAGGCUCUGCAACAACUGCUUCAAACAAGGCCAUGUGUCAGCAGAGUGCACCAAUGAGAAAGCUUGUAAGAACUGUAGAAAAACAGGUCACCUGGCCCGCGAGUGUCAAAACAAACCCGUGUGCAAUUCGUGCAAUAUAUCUGGACAUGUCGCAAGAGACUGUCCCAAGGCCAAUAUCCUCGAAGACAGAAGAGGUGGUGCCCCUCAGGGCAGUACUUUUUGUGACAUUGUAUGCCGAAGCUGCCAGCAGAUAGGUCAUAUGAGCCGGGACUGCAUAUCCACGACUAUAUGCCACAACUGCGGUGGAAGAGGACACCUGUCGUAUGAAUGCCCGUCUGGGAGAUUCAUGGACCACCACCGCAUUCCCCGCAGCCGCCGGCAGCUGGCCACGGGCCUCGACGACAGUUCCAAAAAAAAUUAAUAUCGGGGAGGAUUGGAAAUUAUCUAAAUUUGCAAAGUCGAGUAGGGGAGGACAGCCGGCGGCUAAUGUCAUCGGGGCAGGAGGUCGGACUCAGUGGAAGGCUGGAGUCGUCAAAAAUUAGAUUUAGGAUUGUGUUGGCGGCAAGUUGUGUAUUGUAGGAUGAAAAGUGUAUAUUAGUAGUGUGCAUAGUUUUUGUUUUGAUAUUAAAAAUAAAUACUAAAACAUAAAAUUAUUAUUA